AUGGCCGCUGCGAAGCCCGCCACCAUCUCCGCCUCGACCCAGAACCGCAUCCUCAUCUGGCGCUCCGAAGUGGCAUCUGCGCUCGACGACGCCGCAUCAUCGGCCGCCAGCUCCGCCGGCCUCAACUGCUCCCUCUCCGACACGCAGUCCUCCGCAGGCACCUCGUACCUGCAGUCCCAGGGAGCCGGCGUCGUUGGUCGCGGACGCCGCAUCUGGCGUCGCAUCGCCCGCCGCCUCUCAGGGGGUCGCUUCGGGGCCAUGGGCCACGGCGAAAUGGACCGCGAGCCGGCCCUCCGGACGGCCAUGUACCGCGCGCCGCCGCCGCCGCCGCCGCCGCCGCCCCCUGUCGAUGCAAGGGGAGCAAUGGCCGACCACGGCCGAGUCGUAGGCUUGCGGGAGGACAGCAGCAGCGACGACAACGGCGCCCCGGGCAGGGGCUUGAAAGCGUCCCAGGAACGCUUGGAGAGGGCCGCUCGGCUGCUGGACCAACACCACCACGCUUCUCCCGUGUGA